AUCACAUGACGGAAGCAGGUCACAUGAUGCUGGUCAGCUGAGUUGCACCAACAUGGUAGCUGUGUGAGAGUGUUGUGUAAUGCGAGGCUGAUCUGCUCCCUCGGAGCUGUCAUUGUCGGUGACCGGGAUGAACGGGCCUGUGAGCUGCACCGGGGAGGAGGCGGUGUGGGAGAGACCAUGGAGCCUGGAGGAGAUCAGGAGGAGCAGUCACAGCUGGUCACUGGGGGCCGAUGCUGGGCUCUUGAAUUUUCUCAAGGAAUUCUCCCAGCAAACUAUAUCAAGGACACAUGAGAUUGAGAAACAACUGGAUGGUCUUGUCCGGGAAGUAAAAGCUACUGACUGCAGAUUGCACAAUGUCUUUAAUGAUUUCCUUAUGCUGUCAAACACGCAGUUCAUUGAAAAUCGAGUGUAUGAUGAAGAGGUUGAAGAACAUAUCGUGAAGCCUGAGCAAGGAGAGAAACAUGAGCAAGAGAGGACCAGAGAACAAAAGGAGGCAGAAUUGAUUCCGAAAAUUCAGGAAGCUGUGAAUUAUGGAUUACAAGUACUGGAAACUGCAUUUGAACAGCUAGAUAUCAAAGCAGGAAAUUCUGAUUCUGAGGAUGAAGAAGUAAAUGAAAGGGUUGACCUUAUUCUAGAGCCAAAGGAUCUCUACAUAGAUCGGCCACUACCUUAUUUAAUUGGAUCACAAUCGUUCAUGCAGCAAGAGGACGUUGGGCUUGGAGAUCUUUCAAGUGAAGAAGGCUCUGUGGAUAUUGACAGAGGAAGCGUUCUUGACAGUGAAGAGGAGGAGGAGGAGGAAGAAGAAGAAGAAAAAGAUAACGAGGAGGAGUCCGAUGAGGAUUUUGGCAACAACUCUGAAGAGGAGAAGAAAUUGCGUACAGCCCUCAGUGAUGAGGAUGAAGAUAAUGGCUCAGAUCUGUUUGGAGAAUCCGACAAAGAGGAUGAGGAAGAGCAUGAUAAAUCUGCAAAGACUAGAACGAAAUCUUUUGCUGAUGAACUGGCUGCCCGGAUACAAGCGGAGAUUCCAAAAAGACUGGAGGCAGAUGAGUCAUCUAUAUCGUCGUCAGAAGUCAAAACCAAGAAAGAAAAAGAGAAAAAAGAAGUUAGAAAUCUUCCUUCUGAUGAUGAAGAUGACUACAUGUUCAAACCACCCAAACUUACUGAUGAAGACUUCUUUGGCAAUAAAGGAGGGCUCUUUAGUGGAGGAAAAGGGCUUUUUGAUGAUGAUGAAGAGGGCGAUCUUUUCUCUGAUCUCCAGACUAAAGAAAGCAAGCCAACAGAGCCAGCACCUGUUGCCAAACCUGAAACCUUGCCAUCUGACGUGAAAAAGAAGCCACCAUAUGGAGGAGUUUCCCUUUUUCCAGGGGGAGAGAAUGUGAUAAACCCCUCCAUCUUGGUAGACAAAGAUAAAAGAAAGGCUGCUACUCCUACAGAGGUUGCUCCAAAGCCUGUGACAACAAACACAAGUCUGUUUGAUGAUGAUGUAAUGUUUGGAUCAGCUCCAGCCCAACCUACAGCUAAAGCCAAACCAGCGGCUGAUUUAUUUGCAGAGGAUGAUGACUUAUUUAAUGACCGCCCUUCUAUGCCUCCUGGAACAGUUGCCAAAAAUAAAGUUGCUGCAGACCUGGACAAAAAGAAUAUACAGAUGCCUGCAGAAAAACCUCAACCACCUGAACCUAUAAACAAAAGGCUGGCCAAGGGUCUGUUCUCUGAUGAGGAUGAUUCAGAGUCGGACUUAUUUUCACCAAGUCAAACUGGCAGCAAGCCUAAAGCAGCAACAUCAGCAGCACCUGCAAGCAAGACCAGUAAAGCCUUGUCUCUCUUUGAUGAUGAAGAUGAAGAUUUGUUUGGUGCUGCACCAGAAAGUAAGCCAAUGCCAGCCACUACUAAACCAACUCAGCAGCCUGUAUUACCCACAGCCUCAAAAACCCAGAAGUCCACUUUGUUCACCAGUGUUGAAGAGGAGCCAAUAAAAGUCCCUAAUGACACUAAACCCGUUGAGAAGAACAAAACGGACUUAUCGGUUCCACCAAAGCCAAAAAAGGAGGAAAAAACAUCCAGCUUGUUUGAGAAAGACGAUCUAUUUGGUAUUACAAAAGACAGCCAGAAGAAGCAUCAGCGGGUUUCUCUGUUGUUUGAGGAAGACGAAAACAGUGAAGAGCCUUUAUUUUCAUCAGCAGGGAGCUCUACAAAAUCCACAGGCCAGACUUUGGAACAAUCAAAGACUACUGUGAAAGUAGAUGCAGAGAAGGUAUCCUUGUUUGAUGACGUACAUAAAAACCCAGACUCUAAGGCUCCCGUUCCAGCUUUUGAGGAUACAGUGCCACCUGCAGCGCAAAAGAAUAAUGCGGUAAAAUCUGUUUCUGUGAAAGAGUCAGAUGAUUUGUUUGCAGAUACACCACCAACUCAGCCAAAGCCUAAGAGCACUAAUGUUCUAAGUCUCUUUGGAGAAGAGGACGAAGAGUAUGAUGAGGAUAUGGAAGAUCAGCUGUCAACCAGUGCCUCUUCGAAGGAUUCUGAAAGGGCCUCCACUGAGAAAAGCACACAGGCAAAGAGUACACGUGUGUUCCAAGACGAGGAACUUCUCUUCAGUCAGGAGCUACAAAAAGAUAAUGAUCCAGACGUAGACCUUUUUGCCAGUAAUAGUAAGAAAUCUGUAAGUUUUUUUGUUUUUUUUGAUCUUGUUACUUUUGUUGAAAUCGGAUCCAAAAUGUACUUUUCUUUCUUUGUUAUGUAUUAUAUGCAUUUUAUGUUAAAGUGGUUCAAAGAAAAGAAAACGGUAAUUAAAAAAGACAGUUUGGAUUCAUCCAAAGAACCCAGCAGUUUGAACAUAAUAAAGAAGGAGACGAUUGUAAAGGCAGAAGGUGGAGAGAAACCCGCAGUGCCACCACCAGUUAAAUCUAAAAGUCCCUCCACUCGGAUUGGGAAACUACAAGCAAAUUUGCACAUCAACCCAGCAGCAUUGUUACCAGGUGCAGUUCCUAAACAGUCUGGCCCGAAGCAUACUGUUCCAGAGACAGAUAUUUCAGGUUUACCUGUUGCGGAGAGCAGUCAAAGUUUGGAUGUUAGCAGAAAAAGUGUGGAAGGAGUAACCUUUGAGACCCCUGCACAGGUGGACACCCUUCAUAGUGCUAACAAGUCUCGUGCCAAGGUUUCUGGAAAGCGGAGACCUCCUACAAGAAUGGGCCGAAAACAUGCAUCCCAAGAUUCCGGUGGAGAUGUUAGCGAUUCAUCAGCAAUAUCUCCCACACAAGAUACAUUAUCUGAAGCAACACUUGCUCGGUCAAACUGGCAACUGGAUAAAGAGGGGCCUAUUCCCGGUAUGAAGCUGUCAUUCUCUGAGAAUGAUGUUCAGUCCAGAACAAAACCAAAAGCUCCUGUAAAUCCUCUCACCCCUGAUGUUAAAGAUUUCUUUGGUUCAGAUCUCUUUGGCAGUAGCUCAUUACCUGACCCGGUUACUUCCAGGCAGAAAGAAAACCUUCCUGUGAAUGAAGCUUUGAGCCAGCCUAGGGAAGAGGUUAAUAAACCUUCAUCUUCUGUCUUUGAUGGUGAUGGUAGUGAUGACGACCUCUUUAAAUCAGUCAAGGAAAAACACAAGAAGACUUUUAAACCCACAUCUCUGCUAGAUGAUGAUCCUGCCGAUCUCUUUGGAGCCCAAAAACCAGAGAAAAAAGUCGAAGUUCAGCCUGUUCCACCCAAAAACAUUAAGGCUACGGCAGAUAUAUUUGAGGAUGAUAUAUUUGCAGCAGAAGCCAUUAAGCCAGUGAAGAAGCCAAACGAGAAGAAAACUGCAUCUGAAGCAAAUCUGUUUGAUAAUUCAGAUAUUUUUGCUGAUCUCACACACAAACCGAAGGAGAAGAAAUCAAAAAAGAAAGUGGAGGCCAAGUCCAUAUUUGAUGAUGAUAUGGAUGAUAUAUUUUCAACCUCAGCCUCCAGCACGAAGAAAAGCAAACCAAAAGCCAAGUCCACUCCAACAUCGGAAACAAAGCAGGACACAAAAUUUUCCUCCAUGUUUGACGAUCCAUUAAAUGUUUUUGGUAAAUGAAGUAGAGCAACCCUUGCAGAGAGGCUGUUUGCUCAGUUUCAUGUUAAGGCUUAACAUACAAUACAUAAUUACAGUAGUCACUAUUGUACUUACAAGUUGAAGCAGGACAAAGUAACUGUUCUAGCUCUUUUGAAGCACUUAUGUCUGUGCCAAAUGUUCAUGCCUUGUUAACUAUGACUAGGAUAGGAUACUGCAGGCACAGAUACCUCUCUUCUUUGAGACAUUCCACUACCCAUGUACUCUGUACAGGUUACCUUACUUUAGUUGCACUGAUACUUUAGCAGAAUACAUUUUAUUACAAUUGUGACCCAGUUGGAUUUUAUACCUCUGAGCGCAGUUUUCUUGUUACUGAUGUGUUGUCACAGCACAACAGCAUUUUUGUUCUCUUGUUUGUAAAUUGCUUUUGAAAUGACAGCUAUAAAAAUAUGGAUUUUUCUUUUUUUUAAUGAUAAAGAUGGAAACUGGAAAACAUUGAUGACAUUGGAAAAUAAUUAGUUACACUAGAUUAGAUCUGAAGUUUUUAAUCUGCUUAUGUUCCCUCCUCCAUCAACAUGCUUUGAAAACCUUUACGUAAAAUCUGUUUUGAUUGCAUACAAAA